UGCUCCUCCCUUUUCUUCUCUGCUUCUGCCCACCACCAUCCUCUCCCCCACAGCAGCCGUCUCCCCCACAGAGACCGGGGAUAGGAGCAAGGUGGGUGGAGUUGGGAGCCGAGGGACUGCAAGGCCCACCAUGUGCCCCAUGUCUGAAGGAAACUGGAGGGAGCCAGCCGUUCCCCUCCAUCUGCUGCCAUCCCUCAGGAUGCUGGGGACUCUGGGCCUUUGGGCAGUGCUCCCCACAGCUGUGCAGGCACCCCCCGGCAGGCGGGCCUGUGUGUUCUUUGAAGCCCCAGGGGUUCGGGGAAGCACAAAGACCCUGGGGGAGCUGCUGGACUCCGGCCCAGGGCCCCCCAGAGUUAUCCACUGCCUCUACAGUCACUGCUGCUUUGGGAUCUGGAACUUGACCCAAGGCCGGGCCCAGGUGGAGAUGCAAGGAUGUCGCGAUGGCGAUGAGCCGGGCUGCGAGUCCCCACGCUGUGACCCCACCCCGCGAGCCCACCCCAGCCCCCACUCCACCCUCUUCACCUGCUCCUGUGGCGCGGACUUCUGCAAUGCCAAUUACAGCGCCCUGCCGCCGCCUCCAGGGAGCCCCGGGACUCCCAGCUCCCAGGGUCCCCGAGCUGCCCCAGGCAAGUCCUGGACCUGGACGGCGCCCUUGCUGCUGCUGCUGCUGCUGCUGUUGCUGCUCGUGCUGCUCCUUCUGGGCCUGCUGCAGAGGAAGGCCUGCCGAGGGCGAGGGCGCCCAGGCGCUGACUCCGGUGGAGGCUGCCGAGAGGAGCUGCGGGAGCUGCCUGGGUUGUGCUUCUCACAGGUCCUGCGGGAAGGAGGCCACGCGAUGGUGUGGGCCGGGAAACUGCACGGGGAGCCGGUGGCCAUCAAGGCCUUCCCGGCGAGGGCGGUAGCCCAGUUUCGAACCGAGCGAGCCGUGUACGAGCUGCCGGGCCUGCAGCACGAGCACAUUGUCCGCUUCAUCGCCGCCUGCAAGGGGAGCCCUGGUGCCCUGCCCUGUGGGCCCCUCCUGGUCCUGGAGCUGCACCCCAAGGGCUCCCUGUGCCACUACCUGACCCAGAAUAGUAGUGACUGGGGCAGUUCCUUGCGGAUGGCACUGUCCCUUGCCCAGGGCCUGGCAUUUCUCCAUGAGGAACGCUGGCGGGAUGGUCAAUAUAAACCAGGCAUCGCCCACCGAGACCUGAGUAGCCAGAAUGUGCUCAUUCGGGAAGAUGGGUCAUGUGCCAUUGGAGACUUGGGCCUCGCCUUAGUGCUCCCUGGCCUUGCGCAGCCCCCGGCCUGGACCCCCAUUCAACCUAGAGGCCCAGCUGCCAUCAUGGAGGCUGGCACCCACAGGUACAUGGCCCCUGAGCUCUUGGACAAAACUCUGGACCUACAGGACUGGGGCACAGCCCUCCGGCAAGCGGAUGUGUACUCUCUGGCUCUGCUCCUGUGGGAGAUACUGAGCCGCUGCCCAGAUUUGCAGCCUGACAGCAGAUCACCACCCUUUCAACUGGCCUAUGAGGCCGAGCUAGGCAGCAACCCCAGCACCUGCGAGCUCUGGGCCUUGGCAGUGGAGGAAAGACGCCGCCCCUUCGUCCCACCCACCUGGCGCUUCUUCACUGCAGUAAGAGCCCACAGGCUGGUCAAUGGGCCGUGGAGAGGAAGACUGGGCAUGGGGGUCAGGGGCUUCUCUGCAGACGCAGCCGAGCCCCACCUAGCUUCUCUCAUCUCCAACCGCUCCUUGGCUCCUGUUCAGCCGGAGCCGGGCAAACCUGGCUCACACUUGCCUUCGCUCUCUUCCACCCUCCAUCCCACACAAGCCUGCCGAGGACCUGAGACCCACACACUUCCUGGUCACCUUGUCCAGUCGGCCUCAGCGCUCUUCCCUCUGGCUUGACCUGGCUUCCCUGUCCCCUCCUCACUGAGUGGACUUUGCUUCCUCCUGGAGUUUGGCUCCAACCUGGUUCCUCUCCUGGUAGAGUGAAGCCCAAAUCCAGGCUAGUGUUUCUGCCCGUAAUCCAAUAAGCGCAGGGGGGCCUUGGCACUUGGGAUGGGUCUGCUCCACUUCCUCACAUGAUGCCCUUCCCCUGCUACCUGCCCUGAGGUUUCGGCGACACAGCUAUCUGGAGGGGCAGCUACCAGCAGCCCAGGCAUUGUCUCCAGAAGCCUCCGGGUUGGGGUUGCCAGAGAGGAAGGAGAACGAUUUCCUGUUAGCGUGUUAACCUAAUUAGUAUGAGGCUGCUCCCAUGAAGCAAUGGACCCUGCUAAACGUUCCCAGCAAGCCUUUCACCGGGAGCAAGAUGCUGGAGGCAGGAUGUCCGAGUGAGGGGGUGGGGGCAGGAGGCUCCAGAAAGGCUCAUGAGUGGAAGGCUGCAAACAGGGGCGUGUCCAGGUGUGGCUGAAGAUGCACUGGGGCACCUGGGACCACUCAGGAUCCACGUUGAAACCUGCCUCCUGGUCCUUCUUCCCAGGAGCCUGGUGAGCUGAGGGAGCUCCUGGAGGACUGCUGGGACGCAGACCCAGAAGCGAGGCUGACGGCAGAGUGUGUGCAGCAGCG